CGCCCACGACGCCCAAGUGGGUAUCCCGAUGCAGCUACAAUUUGUACGAUAGUCAUCAUUUCGGAGUGUUAAAGGAAACAUGGCUUCACAGACGAAGAAGGCCAUCAAUCUUCCAUCCAAGGCUGAAAGCCAAGCCCAAGAUGACACAUCCCGCACCCGUAGACGUACCGACAAGAGAUCUCUUCAGACUUGAUGGGAGAACAAUCUUAAUAUCCGGAGGAGCAGGCGCCGUUGGCACUACUGUCGGCAAGGCCAUCCUCGAGAGCGGAGGCGAUGCCGUCUUCGUCGACAUGGCGCCUUCUCCAAAUGCAGAAACGUGGAAAGCAAUUGAAGAGAUCGCGGCGGCAAAUGGCACGAAAGCGUGGUACCAUCAGCUGAACGUUACCGACGCAGACAGCGUCCCGCGAGUCUUCGACACCAUUCGGGAUGAACUCCGAUCGCCCCUUCGUGGCCUAGUAGCUUGCGCGGGUAUAUCCGGCGAGUGCGAUGCCUGCGACUAUCCGAUCGACGCUUUCCGUAAGAUCCUAGAUGUGAAUAUCAACGGGACGUUCCUAGUCACCCAGGCUGUGGCGAAAGAGAUGCACCGUGCGAAUGUUACCGGAAGCCUUGUCUUAAUUGCCAGCAUGAGUGGAUGGGUGAGCAACAAGGGCAUCAACACAGCGCCCUACAACGCCUCCAAAUCUGCACUCCACCAGCUCGCUCGCUCCCUAGCUGCCGAAUGGGGGCACCCGCAAAACACCUUCCCGGGCCGGACUCCGGGCGACGCCAAUCCAAACCCGCAGGCAGAACGCAAAGCAUAUCCGCCCAUCCGGGUCAACACGAUAAGCCCCGGCCACAUCGAGACGCCGAUCAGUGAGGCCGCGCGCGUGAGGGGACUGACUGACGAAUGGGCUAAGCAGAACAUGCUAGGGCGCAUUAGCCAGGCUGAGGAGUACAGGGCUCCUGUGCUGUUUUUGCUGGGCGAGGGCUCGAGCUAUAUGACUGGCGCGGAUUUGCGGAUUGAUGGUGGACAUUGCGCGUGGUAGAAGACGCUGGGACAGAGAUCCACAGUGCUGGAGGCGGGGAGUAGACGCUUGCCGGCGGAACGUUGAACAAUGAGUGGGCACCAAUGCAUCGUGUAAAUAUAAUGCAUUGCACGAUAUGCGAAGUAUACAAGGUCCCUAUGGCUUCAUAACCGCAACACCCAUACUGUCCUCUACACUCCAAUACUAGAACGAGGCCGAUAAUCACGCCGUACCAAGAAAAAUGCCACACACCAUGCAGGCCCGUCCCCAAAAAGCCGAACUCGAGAAGCGACUCUUCAAAGUCGCCAACCGCGUCGCCCACGAGCAAGCCUCAGUAACCCAAUGGAGUUCCUUCCACGUAUGGAACUCCCUCUGCCAUUUCAACACAGCUGACGACGUCUCCAAGGUGGGCGACGGUAUAUGGGACGACAUGGCCCCCUUUGCGCACUGUGUAGGAAUGGCUACCCUCGUCACCAAAACCCUUCGCGCAGCUCUU